AUGAUAACAGCAAGAGCGGUUACGAGACUGCAUAGGCCAACUCCCUAUAUGGGAGAUCUAGAAGCUCAGCGAGAUGAGCUGGAAAUCCUAGAGUCUAUAUUUGGGGAUCUGAUUUCAUUUGAAUCCGAGAACAAAAUACGAAUCAGUUUCGACGAUGAUGUGAGACUGUCGGUGAAACUACCUGAAAACUAUCCAUCACAAGAGCCACCAUUGUACGAACUGAGCGGUCCCUCUUUGUCAAGGAAUGACCGUUUUGCAUUAGAGGAUGCCCUGAACGCCACCUGUCUAGACAAUCUGGGAUCUCCUACCAUCUACGCUUGGAUUUCAGUCAUAAAAGAAUUCCUUGAGGCAAGGAAAGGCCAAGACAUUGUGGACAGUAGACCUGUCAAUGUCCCAGAAUGCUUCGUGGAAGCUGUUGCGCCUUCUAUCGAUGACGUACCCACAAUCUACCACGGGGAAGUGUUCACGGAUCGAAAAAGUCAUUUACAAACUCAUCUCGAGCUAGAGUUAGCAGUAAAACUAGGUGCUGCGAUCGUUUGUUAUGAAAAAUUUCAUUAG